AUGGAUAAACCUGGAGGACACUAUGAACUAAUAUUUAGAAUAUAUAAAAUCUCAAAAAGGAGACGAGGUGCAGAGCGGCGGAGUGCAGCGGUAGGGAUUCGGAUUCAUGUCUUGCCAACCAAUCGGGGGAGGAUCACGCCAGUGCCCAGGUCCCAGGAACCGUUGUCUUGUUCCUUCACUCAUCGCCCAUGCUCUCAGCCUCGUCUGGAAGGACAGGAGUUUUGGAUUAAGCAUAUCCUCAAGGACAAGAAUGCACCCUUCAAGCAAUGUAGUUAUAUAUCCACGAAGAAUGGAAAGAGAUGUCCCAGUGCUGCCCCAAAGCCAGAGAAGAAAGAUGGUAUGUCCUUCUGUGCUGAUCAUGCCCGAAGGAAUGCCCUAGUGCUUCAUGCUCAAAUGAAGAAGACCAACCCAGGGCCUAUGGGUGAAACUCUGUUGUGCCAGCUGAGUUCAUAUGCUAAGACAGAGUUGGGAUCUCAGACUCCAGAAAGUAGCCGUAGUGAAGCCAGCUGAAUACUGGAUGAAGACAGAUGGAGUGAUGGAGACCAGGAACCCAUUACUGUGGAUCAGACAUGGAGAGGUUACCCUGACAGUGAAGCUGAUAGCAUAGACAGUGAUCAAGAAGAUCCCCUAAAACAUGCUGGUGUGUGCACAGCAGAAGUGGCCCUGAUUACGAGUGAAAAGUUAAUUCGUUUGCAGUCUUUAUACAUAGAUCAGUUUAAACGACUUCAGCAUUUGCUUAAGAAGAAGCAGCGCCGGUACUUACAUAACCGCAAAGUGGGACAUGAAGCUCUAGACAGCAGUCUCUAGACUGGCCCAGAGGGACUCCGGCGGUAUCGCCAGCGCUGUGGAGUGGAAGCCUUACUACACAGGCAACUGAAGGAACGCAGAAUGCAGGCCACGGAUGGUGCUGCCCAGCAGGCCCAUACCACUGGUUCCAGUCAGAGGUGUUUGGCCUUCAUGGAUGAUGUUCGUUGUUCCAAUCAGUCUCUUCCAAUGACCAGACACUGCCUUACCCAUAUUUGUCAGGAUACAAAUCAAGUUCUUUUCAAAUGCUACCAGGGAUCUGAAGAGGUCCCCUGCAACAAAGCAGUUCCUGUAAGCCUCUCUGAGGAUCCCUGCUGUCCACUGCAUUUCCAGUUGCCUCCUCAGAUGUAUAAGCCCGAGCAGGACUUGGAUGUUGUGGGUGAUGGUAUGCAGUGUUCUCCUUCACCCUUGCUUUUUGAUCCUUCACUAACCCUUGAAGAUCAUUCAGUCAAAGAAAUUGCUGAAGGCUCAGUGGAUAUAUUGAGCCAGGUGCAGAUGGCUGGAGAUGGGUGCAGAUCCCAGGGAUCUUGAAAUUCUGAGAAAGUCUGUGUGCCAUUGCCUCAAAGUGGAUUGGCUACUGCAAAUGGGAAACCAGAACCCACUUCUAUCAGCUGA